CCAGACGUAGUCACUUUAAUCGUUUUUGGUACCUUCACCAUCUUUUCAUUCCUUUCUUCGGUGCUUGGUCUUUUCACGGUGCUUUCUGUAUGAUCAAACCCGAUCGUCCUCCUUUUUGUAGCGAUAUUGCUGUAUUUUGGAAAUAUUGGAUCGCUUCGGGUGUUAUUUAUGUUAGUGAACGUAUUCUCCGUGAAAUAAGAGCUCAACAAAAAACUUAUAUUUCAAAAGUUGUCAUGCAUCCUUCUCGUGUGGUUGAAAUUCAAAUUAAAAAAAACAUUACUACAAAAGCUGGUCAAUAUAUCUUUUUAUGUUGUCCGGAAAUUUCUUAUUGGCAAUGGCAUCCAUUUACUUUAACUUCCGCUCCCGAAGAAGGUUAUAUUUCGGUUCAUAUCCGUGUGGUUGGUGAUUUUACUGAAGCUUUGGCCAAAAAACUUGGUUGUAAUUUUGAUGAAGAAGCUGAGUUACGUAAAAAAAAUAGAGACCGCAUAAAAAGUCAAUAUGAUGGUAUUGAUAUUUCUAGUGAUAAUCCUAAACUAUUAAAAGUUUUACCUCGUGUUAUGAUCGAUGGUCCUUUUGGUAGUGCUUCUGAGGAUUCUUUUGAAUGGUUCCAAUCGUUAUUGUUAGCUCUUGAAGAACAAGAUAUCGAACAAUUUAUUGAAAUUCAUACAUAUUUAACUGGCAGAUUACGUCAUUCAGAAGUAGGAAACAUUCUUGUUAAUGAUGACGGUAAUGUAAAAGAUACCAUCACAGGGCUUAGAGCGCCAACACAUUUUGGACGUCCAAAUUGGGAUAAAAUUUUUUCAAACAUGAGAGAUCAAUAUCCGGCUACCGAUGUAGGUGUAUUCUUUUGUGGUCCAGUACCGCUUGGAAAAGCACUACAUGAAAAAUGUAAUUUAUGGAGUCAAGGAUUUGAAGAUGGAACAAGAUUUUUCUAUGGAAAAG